GAGAUUUAAAAAAAGUUGUAUCCGGCUUUGUUUCAAUUUCUGUAUUUUAAGCGCUUAUUGUGAAGGAAAUCUACGGUCUGAUUGCUUUAUAUUAGUAGCACGAAUAACUAAUAAUAUAUAGAAAUGGGGAAGAAACACAAAAAGCACCAUAGGGCCGAUCCUGCGGAGUUAGAAGAUUUACCACCUGUGAAACUAACAAUCAAAGUUGGAACUCCAGAUCCCCAUGCUGAUGAAGCAUAUCUUACAGAGACGCAUGUUGAGAAGAAACAUAAACACAAGAAAAAGAAGAAAAAGCAUAAGCACCAUAAAGACAAGGAGGCAUCAUACCAAGAUGUUGAACCAACCACAGGCGAAAACACUGAACAAUCCGAGCUUGAAGAUGUGGAGGCAGAGGCAUCAGUUGAUCAAAAGGAGGAUAUCAAAGUUGCAAAAACAGAGAAGCCCAAGGAGUCAAAUAAAAGACCAAUCGAUGAGAUUGAGGGAGAAGUAAACAUAACGGAAGAGCCAAAUGAGCCAUACCUAAAGAAGAUCUUCAGAGGGGAGGAUUAUUUUGACCGCAAGGCCCGGGAACCGAGGGGAGGCCUCAUCACUGAUAAGUCUCCCUUGAACCAUUGCUUGGAGUACCUUCAAAGAGUUCUGUCAAGAAAAGACAUCAACGGUUUUUUCUCAUUCCCCGUCAAUGAUGUUAUAGCCCCUGGCUAUUCAGCGAUUGUGUCUCAACCAAUGGACUUCAGCACGAUGAAAUCUAAAGUGGAAAAUGAUGAAUAUCCUUCAGUAACAGAAUAUAAAAAAGACUUCAAACUAAUGUGCGAUAAUGCUAUGUUAUACAACCAUCCAGACACAGUUUAUUACAAGGCAGCAAACAAAUUACUCAACAUUGGCCUAAAAACAAUGAGCAAGGAGAAACUGCUCCAAUUAAAGAAGAAUCUCUCCCUGAUGCAGAACAUCACAGAUGUGGAGUUGGGGGUGGAUAAAGAUGAUAUCCUAGUGGAUAUAACAUCUGUUGAUAACACACAGACUCCUCUCAAACCAAAAGAACCUCAGCCUCUUGCCAUAAAAACAAAUAUGUAUAAAGCAGAGGCAAUUAGAGACAACCUCUCAUCAAAACAGAUACUCGCCCAAGCCGAGCAGGCUGCACAGGAUGCGGCAGAUCGAUUAGCUGCAAAGUCUCCCAAAAGCAAGAUGGGGUUCUUGAAGAGGCGUAAAGAUGGCACUACAACUCUCAACAUCCUAAACCCAGACAAUGAUGGUGUUGUGAACGAAAAGGAGCGUGUGAUCACCCUUGGCAACCUUAUUGGGAAAGUUACGCAAGGAACGGGGCAAAUUGCAGGAUUCAAAGAGGAUAAAAGAAACAAGAUUAACCCUGUCCACUACCUGCAAUAUGGUCCCUUCAGCAGCUAUGCUCCUGUGUACGAUUCCUCCUUCAGUAACCUGUCCAAAGAUGAGAGUGAUUUCCUAAUAACUGCAUAUGGAGAUGAACCAGCAGCUCAAUUUGCCCAAAGUCUUCAGAACUUUGUUGGGGAUGCAGGUGAUUAUGCUAUACGAAUGGUUGACAGCCUGUUGGGAGUCUUAACUGGCGGAGACCACUUUAAAUCGAAGAAAGUUAUGCAAGAGAAACAAAGAGAAAAAGAAGAAAAGAAAAGGCAAGAGGAAGAAGAAAAAAAACAAUUGGAAGAGAGGGAAAAAGCACAAAAGCAAAUGGAGGAAGCUGCAAGUCAGAAAGAUCGUAUUGAAAAUCUGAGGUCACUGUCUGAAAUUGGCAUAGAUACAUCAUUCCUGGAUUCUUUUGUAAAAGGCAACAAACUUCAGUCCCAGUUGGACGAGACUUCUCAGUUAAUAUCGGAUCUCCAGUCUAAGCAAAAUGAUCGCCUUACCCAGAAGCCGCCGAGUCAUCUCCAACAUGUCCAAGGACCGUCAACAGAAGAGAAGGCAAUAGCAGGAAAAGUCACAAAAAAUCUUGCGGAAAUAACUAAACAGGCAACACCAGCAGAUGUAAUUUCCGCUGGUGCAGUCAGGAGAGCUCUGGGAGUGACAGUGGAGCCCCUCACCCCUCCACCUGUCCCUGUAGAAGACCCAAGCUCCAUGGAGGGGAAUGCAAUGCAGCAAUCUCAGUCUGAAAUAGAGCACACAGAACCAAACACCCAGAUACAAACUUUAGAAGCCUCCAAUCCAUCAGAAUUUCAAAAUGAGGCUAAUUUCCAGAAUGAGGUUGAUGGCCAUUUUGAAAAUGAAACAUUGCCGUCUGCUCAAACUCAAAAUGAGGCUGGAUUUCAGAGUGAGACUGGUGAGAUAGGAAUCAGUGAAGAGGAAGCAGCAAUCAGCUCUAUUCUACCAAUGGACGAAGACUCAAUGCUUUAGUGCUUGUAUUACUUAAAUAAAAAGAGCAUCACUCAUGUGGGUUAUUAUAUGUACCUGGAGUUAUCUAAAAGGAUCUUUACCUGUUAUACUCGGAAACAGAUUAUGGAAUUUUUCUGAGACUGGCCCUUUAAAAAAUGUUUGUUCUUCAAAGUUAAAUAUGACUUCUUUCCACUUACUAUGUUUUUCUUAGUAUCACUGAAAGUUACUGAAAUGGUGAGAAGGAAUGAACAAAAAAUGAAUAGAAAAGUUGAGCAAGAAUGUUAUUUUUGAAAGAAAUUAUGUGACAUUUUAAAUAUGACAAGCAAAAGUCAUGCAGGAAUGAUCAGGAUUUGAAAUGUAAAGCAAUAUUUGAACUUUUUUCAUAUUUUUACAAUGGUAUUAUUUUCAUGUUGUACAAAUAGAAAAUAGAAAAUAAAUGGUUUGUGUUUCCAUCAUAUUUGUGUUGUCCUGUUUGAGUUGUUAUUGCCAAAAUAAAAGAUCUGCUCUGAUCCUAAGACAUAAGUAAUACCAAGAAUUAAAAUUAAGAACAAAAUUGUAAGAUGUUUUUACAUAUUACCAAUAAGGUAAUUCAAUUUGUGUUCUGAAACUGUAAUAAUCCUAGCAUGGCAUAACUUAUUGGAUUG